AUGAAGUUCCUCAAGGUUGGCCGAGUAGCCAUCAUCACCCGCGGCAGAUACGCUGGUAAGAAGGUCGUCAUCAUCCAGCCCGUAGACAACGGCAACAAGGUGCACCCGUACGGCCACGCCCUCGUCGCCGGCAUCGAGCGGUACCCGGCCAAGGUGACCCGCCGGAUGUCCAAGGCGCGCCAGGAGCGGCGCUCCAAGAUCAAGCCCUUCAUCAAGGCCGUCAACUACAACCACCUCAUGCCCACGCGCUACACGCUCGAGCUCGAGGGCCUCAAGGGCGUCAUCACCACCGACACCUUCAAGGAGGUCUCCCAGCGCGAGGACGCCAAGAAGAACGUCAAGAAGGCCCUUGAGGAGCGCUACACGAGCGGCAAGAACAAGUGGUUCUUCACCCCGCUGAACCUUCCUAUCUCCCAUACGCACACGCUAACCAAUCACCUCCCGCCGCCGCCAACAGAAUUCUAA